UGGUCGUUCCGUUACAUUGGAGCUGACUGUAAAUUUGGUUAUGACGGCAACCUAUGAUCCAGACUUACAUAAGUUUCCCUUUGAUAUGCAAACUUGUGAAUUACUUAUCUCUGUGCAUUCUGGUCCAGGAUCUCUCUUGUUAGCAGGAAACCUUACAAGACAUCCAGUCUUCCGGGAACGACUAUUAGAGUACUACAUCCGGAAUAUGACUUUGGAAGUGGAAGAACCAAGUGCUGAAGGAAAGGAACAGAAAAUUAUAUUUACUACAGAGUUUGGCCACCUCAAUGGCUACUAUGCUAUCAGCAUCUUCAUGCCCACGCUUCUCCUUGUCAUAGUUUCUUACGGUUCAUUUUAUUUUGAAGAUGAUGAUUUCACAGACCGCAUCAUGGUGUCGCUCACCUCUCUUUUGGUGUUGGCUACCUUUAUCUCCACAGCAUCUUCUACUAUGGCGCGCGUUUCCUACUUUACUUUCUUGGAUGUAUGGCUUUCCUUCUGUAUCGUUUUGGUAUUUUGUAUUUGUAUGUUGCACACUUUUCUUUUGUCACUUGGACGGAAUUCAUUUGUCGACGAAGGUGAAAGAAUUGAACAACAAUGGGCUAAAGUAUCACCUGGAAUCAUUACACUGGGCCUCAGGGAAACAUCGGACAAGAGACGCAUUGCCUCACCACGUCGACGCCGUGCUGAUUUGACCAUAAAAAUGUGUGUGCCAGUUGUAAUUGUCUCCUUCACAACUGCUUUCUUUUAUCUCGGUCACCAGGAAUGAAAAUUUGUAGCAAAACAUUCAAGUUAGUCAAAAUAUAAUCUUGAAGAAA